AAUGGGACAAGAUGGGACUGAAAGGACUGAAAUUCCUGCUUUGUUUUAACUCAAGCAAACAUUUAACAAAAGGAAGUACAGGGUUACUUCCAAACUAUGUUGCAAAUGCAUAUAACUAUACCAAGAGUUUUGUAAACUAAAAUUAAGUUGAAACUAGAUUGUUGUUGAUGUUGGAACUUAUAGUCAAUUAAAAAGACAUACAGAAAAUUGUUUUUUUAUAUGGCAAAUGCAGCAAGAUUACUCGAUGUACAGGUUAUACAAAGGUUAUGUACAAACAUGCGCAGCAAACUGCUAUGAUCUCAAUAACCGGUUAUCUCAACAUCUAUGACCUCACCUAAUUAGCAGAGCCAGUCAAUACAAGGAACUAUUGUUUUUUUAUAUGGCAAAUGCAGCAAGAUUACUCGAUGUACAGGUUAUACAAAGGUUAUGUACAAACAUGCGCAGCAAACUGCUAUGAUCUCAAUAACCGGUUAUCUCAACAUCUAUGACCUCACCUAAUUAGCAGAGCCAGUCAAUACAAGAAACUAUUGUCUUAUGUGAUGCCUUUAUUUUGGCUGGGAUGGUCUUAGAGAUUGACAAGUAGAAUGUACCAAUAAGAUGCAGUUGCUACCUAUGCUCUUGAUUUGCUUGUUAGAACUGUAUAAAAGCCAAAUAAACUCUGUGUAAGGCAGACAGACAUUUUGGACACAACCUGCUGUGAUGGAUUUCUGAGACCAAUAUCUGGCACCCAAAGCAGGGACAAAGGCACCCUAUGGGGAGCAACUGCCGACAUACUUACCUCCCGUCUGGAACAGACCCCAAAGUGGACUUCCAUCCUACAGGACCCCUGAGAGAAAAUGGUGAUGUUACCGAAGCCUCUUGAUUAUACAGUAUUUAUGUAAUGCUGGAUAACAAUGAAAUUGACACCUGUGGAAUAUGGGCAACGUGGCAGCAUCUUAAGUGGGUGAGAAAGAGAUGAGGGGAUCAUGUGGCCUCAUUGCUCCAAAACACAUAUUUUGUGCUUCUUUCUGGCACUGUUGGCUAUUUUGGCAUUAGUCCACAACUUUUAUCAACUAGAGAAUCUCAAUACUACAGGUUUAAAGUGGUUGGUAGAAGAGAAUGAAUCACAACAGCCGUUGCAUACAACUAGAACACGCAGAAAGCUGUACUGUGGUUAUGAGCAUCAGGUUUUGUCCAAGAUUGAACAAGAGGAAGAAGAAUCUUUAUUUGUUGCUCUACAGUGGCCCAAACCUCCUGAGAACAAAGUCCCCUUUGUAAGGAGUACUGACCCUUUCCAUAGCAAUUUUAUGAUACUAAAUAAUCAUGGACAUUUCAAAGUUGGUGAUCAGCUGGAAGUGCUUGUCCAGAUGAGGGAUUAUGACGGAAACCCGAAGCAAUAUGGUGGCGAUUACCUUCAGUCAAGAAUUCAUUCUGCAGAUCUGAAAGCUGGAGCCAUUGGAAGAACUGUAGAUUAUCAGAAUGGAACAUAUAGAAUUUUUUUCACUUUACUUUGGCCAGGGGAGGUCACAGUAUCUGUGUCCUUGGUUCAUCCUAGUGAAGGAAUCCAACUCCUUCAACGUUUACAGGAAGAAAAACCAGACAGGGCAUAUUUUAAAAGCUUAUUCAAAUCAGGAAGGAUUUCAGAAGUUACAAUAUGCAAUGUGUGUUUGCCUGGGGACAUGCCAGUCUGUAAUUUUACAGAUAGCUAUACUGGAGAACCAUGGUUUUGUUACAAGCCAAGAAGACUCUCCUGUGCUACUAGGAUCAACCAUUUUAAAGGGGGAUAUAAAAAGGGCCUUUUAACUUCAGAAGAGAGUAACUUUUUCCAAAGUGGUGUGAAUAUAAAAGUGGCAAUACCUCCCUUCGGGCCUGAUACUGUGAUUGUAAGAACUUUGGAGCUUGCAGAAAUGGACAGUCUAAAAAGAUCUCACAACUCUGAUGUAUUUCCUUCUGGUUAUUAUUAUCAAGAUGAAUGGCAUCAAAGCACACAGUUGAUUCGGCGUUUUAAUAAGUCAUCAGAUAUUACUGAAUGCUUAGAGGGAAAACUAAUUUACUUGUUUGGAGACUCUACAAUACGACAGUGGUUUGAAUAUCUGACAAAAUUUGUUCCAGAUCUUGUGGAAUUAAACCUUGGAAGUCCUAAGAACGUUGGUCCUCUCAUGGCUGUGGACUUAAAGCACAACAUCUUAUUAAAUUUUCAUUGCCAUGGCCCUCCCAUUCGUUUUUUCAUAGUUUCUAGCAGUGAGCUGCAUUAUAUUGCCAAUGAACUGAAUCGUAUUGUUGGUGGGAAGAACACUGUGAUAGCCAUAACUAUUUGGUCUCACCUUGGCACUUUUCCUAUAGAAGUGUACAUCAGGAGAUUGAGAAAUAUUCGCAAGGCAGUUGUUCGGCUAUUGGACCGGAGCCCAAAAACUUAUAUAGUUAUCAAAACUGCCAAUGUUCAAGAACUUGGCCCAGAAGUUAGCCUUUUCAACAGUGACUGGUAUUCCUAUCAGCUUGACAGAAUAAUGAGGAAGAUGUUCUCAGGAAUUGGGGUGUACUUUGUGGAUGCUUGGGAGAUGUCACUGGCUCACCAUUUGCCACAUAAAUUACAUCCAGAAAAUAUUAUUGUCAAAAAUCAGUUAGAUGCUUUCUUGUCUUUUAUAUGCCCACUGGAAACACACUACAAUUUCUUACCUGGUAUAUAUAAUCAAAUGUGGUCUCUAUUUGUAUAAUUCAGCACUCCGCACUAGUAAAGCAUUGCUGAUUUGUGGUCAUAAUUUGCAUCACAUCUAGCCAACUUGCACAAAAGCAUGCACAUUUAUAUUUCUUGGUGGCAGGGAGAUUUCUGUAUGUAUAUUAUGUUUCCACAUACCUAACCCUACCCGUUUAUAAUGCAUGUAUUGCAGUAUUUGGGUUCUACACCUCGCUUGUAUAAAGGGUUGCUUGGUUUUGUUUUACUAGAGCUAAGCACACUUCAGACAUUAUCGAGAAAAAGUGCUUUGGAACUUAGGUGAACACUGAAGCCUUUUUCAUGUUCAUUAAAACAGCCAUGUCUGCCAUGCCUGAAAAAAUACAGCAGUGAUAAUUAAUCACCUACCAAAUAGAAGAGAAUAUUCUUCUCUGUUUCUUAUUGGCCUCAGCUUCUUGUCUGAUUUCUAAAGAGUUAGAGCUAGAAUAAGAAAAAAAAAUAGGCACGUUUUUGGAAGAAUUUUGGUAAGAACAGAUGUAAUUAAGGCAGGCUGAAUCUGUCACAUCUCAUCCAAAGGCCUCUUGUUUUCCUGCCUUAGUUUUACCACCUACUGGUUCAUUUCUCUUGAACUGUCAAAUGGGAAUCAAUUUUAAUUCUAGUAUGACAAUCAAGCUGAAACCGGUUUCCUCAGUUUCUUCAAAAGACAGAUACUCCAGGGCAUAAUAUCUUUAUAAGAAGGAGUUCCCCUGACAUGGGAUUAUUUUUCAGUUUUUGACCCAGGAUAUAUUUCAUCAUUUUUAAUCAUGUGUAUUGAGACUGAGAUAAAUUACAUUUAUAUUGCCAGGAGAAGAUAUUUCUCAUGUCUUAUGAGGUUAUUCUUGUUGCUUGCGCUUCACCCUCUUUGAAAAAGGUAUUUUGUAUGGUAAUUCUUGAAACUCUGCUUUAUCUGCAGUGUUGGCAGUUUAUAAUAAUGCAAGGGCAUUUUUCCUACAUCAGGUAAGAAGCAGACUCUUCCCCAUCUCUCCCCCAGGUAACUGGACUAGGUUUGAAGGUGAUGUUCCUUCCUGUUUUGGUGGCCAUAUACUGUAUGUCUGCAUGAAAAAUACCCAUGUUAAAAAUAAUGGAAUAAUGGGACUUUGAAGUGAGACUGGAGGCUUUCUCAGCUGUUGCUGCUUUGCAAAAUGGAGAUCUACAUAUCAAACUUGAGAAUUGAAAGUUUCUAAGAUUCUUUGUUGCAUGAUAACAGUUUUAAAAAUGCACUUCUCAGUGGUGAAUGUCUGCAAUGUUUGAUAGAUAUAUGGAAACAUUUAAUAUUUUACCAGUAAUAACACAAACAAAUGAGUUUAUAACCAUUGUGAUUAUUGCUAUUAACAUGCAGAAGUCUACUUAAAUUUCCUGUAAACAA